AUGGUGCCAAGCCUUCGCAUUGCAAUCAAGAACAGAUUGGGGGACAUGGAGAGCCUGAGGGAGAGGCUGUAUGUCUUGAACAAGCUGGAUGAGAAAAGAAUGAUGACCCAAUGGGCUACGGAGGCAGCCCAACAAAGGAGGAAACUGUGGCACGACAAGCACUUAAAACGAAUGAGGUUUGUUCCACGACAACUGGUACUGAAAUAUAAUGGGCGUAAUGAGAUUAAACUAGGUAAAUUCAAGGUAAGAUGGCUAGGACCGUAUAGAGUCCAAGAGGUGGCGGUGAAUGGGGCAAUGAAGCUGUGGACACUCAAUGGACGAGAGGUUGCAGGCAGCAUCAAUGGGUCGAAAUUAAAACUAUAUCAUGAGCAGAGGCGAUCGACCAACCCCGAAUCCUCUCGAAGAAAUACUUAA